UUUAUAAAAUGACAUGACCCCCAUGUUAUCUUUUACCCUAUAAAGACAUAAUAUUCUUUCUAGUUUCAUCAUGGGUCUUUAUUCAUUGGUGAUUUAAUUAAGAUAUUGGUGAACAUCAUUAAAUUCUGCUAGCUCUUAAUGGUAUUGUUCUAAGUUCCUAGAACAUGGGAUUUGUGGAGAAAAAGGAUGUUGACAACUGUGGAGCAGAUUCAGAGGUUGAAGAUUCAGAUGAGGUGGUAUGCAUUUCUAAGAACAUGAGCACGACUUCGUUAUGUGUAACUGAAGAUGAUGAUGAAGAAGUUCAAGGGGAGAUACAAAUCGGCCCUCGACGCACCCUUAAAGAACAAUAUGAAGCAGACAAGGAUGAUGAGAGCUUGAUGAGAUGGAAAGCACAACUUCUUGGAGCUGUGGACAUCAACUCAGUUGCCGAAACACUAGACCCAGAAGUCAAGAUCUUAAGCCUUGCUAUUGUAUCACCUGGUAGAGAGGAUUUGCUUCUUCCUAUUCCGGAUAGCGGUAAAGUUAAAGGAACAUGGUUUACGCUGAAAGAAGGAAGUCGUUACGCGAUCAAAUUCACUUUCCAAGUUGGUAACAACAUUGUGUCUGGUCUCAAGUACACCAAUACAGUCUGGAAAACUGGUCUCAAAGUUGACAAAACCAAAGAAAUGAUUGGCACUUUCAGUCCUCAACAAGAGCUUUAUACCCAUGAAAUUCCAGAAGAUACCACUCCAUCUGGGAUACUUGCUAGAGGAUCAUAUUCAGCGAAAACUAAGUUUCUUGAUGAUGAUAAUAAGUGUUACUUGGAGUUGAAUUAUACGUUUGAUAUAAGGAAAGACUGGCAAUCAUCUUGAAGUCUUCAGAUCCCAGAUAUAUUCUUAAGUUGAUCAUAAUGUCAUUUUUCCAUUUUUGAAUGUUUUUUUUUUCACAAAAAAAAAAAAAAAAAAAAAAAAAAACGGAAUAUCCAAAACAUUAAGGUUGUGGUUUGUAUCUACUUGAUGAAUACCUUGUUAUAUAUACUCAGAAUCAUCAGAUAGAUGUUAAUUCAUUUGUUCUUAUGAAUUUAAUUCGAGAAACCUGGUUUUUCUUUUUCUAAA